CUAUGAAGAGGGAGGUGAAGGGCAUUUGGGUUUGAUACUAACAGCAGGGUGAAGUACGCUAAAUCUUUACCAAAAGUAUUCAAAAUGUCUAUCAUUCAGGUCACAGGCAGUGGUGGAGGUAUUGCCUCCGACAGAACAUCUUUUGUUGGCGGGAGGACGCCGCAAGACAUUGCUGACAUGGUGAAGUUGGUGAAGAAAAUGGAUAAACAAACGUUCAGGAAGCUGCUGCAAAUUGCAAUAACUGCAUUAGAAGACAAGCCAGUUACACCAGAGAUGUUCAAAGUGUUACAAAGUAAAAGUUUAUCGGAGGAGAUGCUUGCUGUCACAUAUAGUGGGUUGUAUAGUCUACUAAAAGCAGCUCUGAGAUUACCACAGUCUUCCUUAAAACAGGAGAUUUUUAAAGAAGACUUACAAGAACUGAACAUUCCAGCAGAAUUCAUUCCUGACCUUGCAAGUGUAGUAUUUGGUUCAAGGAGACCAAGGUUGGAACAAGUAAUC